UAUUGAUUCAACUUGGGCAAGCAGCGCAUGUGGCCCAAUGGAUGUGCUCGAUGCCCUUCUUCCCGAGACAAGGCUUCACGUUCUUCGUUGUGUUUGCGGUGGCGCUGAGAGCCUGCCAGCACAAUCUUUGAGAGCCUUAUUGGCCGUAUCCAAAAGUUGGUACAGCCUAAGCUUGUCCCAAGAGAUUCUACCUUUUGCCAGAAACUUGCAUUGCCAGCUGCUGACACCGGCAAACGUUUGCAAGAGGUCUGGAGAAGUGUGGCCUCCAGGUGAGCCUUUGCAAGUGCACAGAACACAAGAUUCUCAGCCUCUUGGGGACCACGAUGUGCUGAUCCGCUGCUUGCAGAUUUGCUUGCACCGACGCUUCCAGCCAGCCUUAGAGCUUUACUCUCAACUCGAGGAGGCGGCCAACCUCGAGACAUGGAUAAGGCAACUGGAAGAGUUCCGGCUCCAGCAGUUUCCCCAAGCCUCAGGGCCAGGUGAUGCACCGCCUCCCUCUUGGUGCGCAGCUGCAACAGUGUUGCCACAUGGGCGCUUGUGCGUGGUUGGUGGUGGUUGCUACAGCUAUGAGCUGAUCAAUGCACAGUCGAACAUCAAGGAGGUCCUUUGGCAUCAGCCGAAUGUGUACAUGUUUGACCUUGCAACCCAGCAAUGGUCUCGACAAGACACGACAGGCUCGCCACCACCAGCUGCUCAUACCUAUGCUUCCGCGCACACCGUCCUGGGCAGUCGCUGGGUCUUUUGGUGCGGCGGCUACUAUGGCCAGGCCUACAACACGGCCUAUGCUCUAGAUAUAGAGACCUGGGAAUGGAGAGCCUUGCGGAAUGGCUCAACCAACUCCCCGACUCCUCGCUACUUCGUCGCGUCGUUUGAGCACUUGGGCGCCCUUUAUGCCUGGGGAGGCCGCAGCUCACAGGACAAAUACUGCAAUGACUUGUGGCGGCUUGACAGAUCUCGGGCCCAUCAGGAUAUCAUUCAUACAGACGAAGUGGCGGCCACUGGCAGCAUCCCUCCACCAAGAUUUGGAUCGAGCCUGACCAAUUGCGAUGACCGGUUUGCAGUUCUUUUUGGUGGCGGUCAGUGGAAGACUGGUGGUCGAUUCCUAUCGGACAGUACAACUUACUCUUUGAAUUUGAAUACUCAUGAGUGGAGCCGCCUUCAAACAACUGGGCUUGAACCCAUGCCUCGAUUGCAGCAUUCAGCCGUCAACCUGGGUGGAAAUCUUGUCCUAAUAUUUGGAGGCUACGAGGCCAGCGAACGAAGAUACCUUGGCCAUCCACAUACAGCUGUGCUAAAUGCCCGUAGUUUGCAGUGGAUGCAAGUGGAUGGCGGUGAACGGCUUCGAAUUGGAGUACAGGUAGAGGUCAGGGGUGAAGAUGCUGAUGUGAAAGUAAUUGGAGCAGUAGUGGAUGGUCCUGAAAAGAUCCCAAACAGCCAGCACAAUGGAUGGCAUGUCAAGGUCGGGGCCGACGUGAUGCUCAUCAGCGAGAGCCGGCUUCAGGUUUUGCCCUCAAGGCAAAGGCCAAGGGCACCUUCACAAGAGGACGGGGAGGAAUUGCCAAUGCCAGCGGCAGACGGGGCCUCACAGAGAAUGGAUGACAGCAGCUUCGAACAAAUUCAGGACGUCGCGAGCUGGAUACAAGGGCAAUUUCCUUGCGGCCGGGCAGGUAUGGCGGUGGCCGAGCACAAAGCAGGUACUCGGCGCUUCUACGUUUUUGGUGGCGCCCGGUAUGUGCAUCAAGAAUGGUUCUCAGAUGUCUUUGAGUUCUCCCUUGAGGGCAACCAAUAGUCUUGGGCAAAGUCCCAUCCACCAACAGGCAGUGGCCGGUCUUACUCUGGCCUCUCAUCGCCAGCAGCCAAUGCAGUCAGCUGGCAUCACCGAGUGGACAUGCUGGGCUUCCCUGCGCUGGAACAGCGCGCAUUCAAAGUUUCCAGCAGUUUGACUGGUGCACUUGCAGAUCUCACGCCGGCAAAUCCAGCAAAAAUGACAGCAGUCUUGGUACUUGAACCAUUUGGCUUGAAUGUGUUUGCUCAUGGCCAUGCUUUGAUCAUGCUCUUCGAUUACUGUACAUCUCAGGUGUAGUAGUGUCAGA